UAAAAUUGAUUAAAAGAUACAUUUUUACAGUGUCAUUGUGAUUAGAAUUUAGCUUUUUCUUCAUGUUAGGUGUACUCUUGUUUUUAUCGUAAAUGGUAUUACUUUGUAGGCUACAUAAAUCUCAACAAAACAAAAACAUCCCUAAAAUAAUUAAUGCUGUGUACCGUCUUUAAAUUGUCAUUAUUUGCAAAAGCCUUUGUCCAUGGUCCUGAAAACACAAAAUUUCGAGUGCAAAAUUGUUUUGCAUUGUUUUUAUGUUUAUACCAAAAGCCUCGUUGAUUUGAUGCCGUUCCUUGUACAUGGUUCUGAAUGUCUGAAUUUUGUUGCCACUUUUAUUAAUUAAAUAUGUUUGCCUCUUUUUAUUUUUUAUUUUAUGGCAUUGUAGGCAUAUUUUACUUAAUAUUUACAGUUUGGAGAAAUGCAAUUCAUUUCUAAAUUAUUUGUUUUGUUUCUUAAACUUUUGUAAGAUACAUGAUCGAUGAUUGUUCAAAACAGUUUAUUUAACAUUUGUUUUGGUGAUACACAAAUUUGUCCGCGCGAUGUCAGUCUCUGUCUGUAGUGUUCGCUGUCACGACCUAGUAAAGCUCCUCCUAUGUUUUUUGCAGUCGUACUGGAUGAGGGCUUUGUUAAGCCACCGCCAUUGUCCUCGGAUGCAGUCCUCUCGGGGUUCAGGAGAAAGCUGUUGUAUAGACAUGUCGGCAGAUUUCAGUGAUUUUAUAUACACAGCGGUAAAAUGUGUUUAAGUGAAGCUCAGAUGUUUACGCUGUGGAUAUUUAUCAGUGUUUUUCUGCGCUUCUGGAUGUUUACGGAUGGACAGAUUGUGUAUUCCAUUUCGGAGGAGGCAAACCCAGGCACGACAGUUGGGAAUUUAGCGAAGGAUUUAAACUUAAAUUUACAAGACCUUGAAAGACGUGGAUUUCAUAUAGUGUCGGAUGCGAACAAAAGGUAUUUCGGUUUUAAUUUAAAGACUGGUGUUCUUCACGUUCAAGAUGUAAUCGACAGAGAAAAGCUUUGUGAACAGAAUGUGAAGUGCUCGUUGCCUUUAGAAGCGGUCGUUAACUCGCCUUUAAAUAUAUAUAGAUUUGAGGUAAACGUACUAGAUAUUAAUGAUAACUCACCAGUAUUUCGUACCACAACGACAACUAUUAACAUUUCAGAAUUAGCAUUUCCAGGGGAACAGUUUGCUCUGCCAAGCGCGUUUGACGCAGAUGUUGGCAGUAAUUCGGUAAAGAGCUACAAGCUGAGCCCAAAUGAAUAUUUCUCUUUGGAUGUUCAGAGCGGAGGAGAGCAGAGUGUAUCUGCUGAGUUAGUGCUGCAGAAAGCUUUAGACCGAGAAAAACAGUCCGUGGUCCAGCUCACACUGACCGCUGUAGACGGAGGAAAACCUCCGAAAUCAGGUUCAAUGCUGAUAGUCGUAAAUGUUGAGGAUGUUAAUGAUAACAUCCCCGUUUUCAGUAAAUCAUUGUAUAAGGCUCGCGUAAAUGAAAACGCGCCACACGGCACUUCAGUUAUUACAGUUCAUGCCAGUGACCCUGAUGAAGGUCUAAAUGGUCAAAUUGUCUUUGCUUUAGUCAACCAAGAUAAUGAUAAAAACGUCGAUUCUUUCUCAAUAAAUCCUGAAACCGGCGAGAUUACGGUAAAAGGUGAUGUAGAUUACGAAAGAAAAAAUGCUGUUGAGCUCCGCGUGCAGGCGAAAGAUAAAGGGCAUAAACCACGAGCAGCGCUUUGUAAAGUACUAGUUGAAAUUGUUGACAUUAAUGAUAAUGUUCCAAAAAUCUCUGUAACAUCUAUAGUAAAUACAGUUAGAGAAGAUGCUCCUAUUGAUACCGUGGUUGGAACGAUAACUGUAACUGAUAAUGAUGCUGGUAAAAACGGGCAAGUCGUUUUAAAAAUUCAGGGCUCUGUUCCUUUUAAAGUACAGAAUUCCUACAAAAAUUAUUAUACUUUAGUUGUAAACGGUCCUUUGGACAGAGAGAGCGCGAAUGAGUAUAAUGUGACCAUCACAGCUACUGAUGAAGGGACUCCCCCUCUCUCUAGUACAAGUGUCAUUACUGUACACGUGUCUGAUGUGAAUGACAAUGCGCCGCGCUUUCCAGAGCCCGUCAUUAAUGUUUAUGUGAAAGAAAACAGUCAGAUCGGAGCUGUUAUUCAUACAGUAUCUGCUUUUGAUCCUGAUGUAGGUGAUAAUGCCCGGAUCACAUAUUCAUUAGUAGAAAGCUCUAAAAGCGUCCCGGUAACAUCAAUGAUCAACAUAAACUCCGACAGUGGAGAUAUACACAGUUUGCAGUCUUUUAACUAUGAGGAGAUAAAAACGUUUCAGUUUAAAGUUCAGGCCACAGACUCUGGUGUUCCUCCGCUCAACAGUAACGUGACUGUCAAUGUUUUUAUUCUGGAUGAAAACGACAAUAGUCCCGGGAUUCUAGCGCCCUAUUCCGAGCCCGGUUCCGUUAACACCGAGAACAUUCCCUAUUCUGCAGAAGCGGGUUACUUUGUGGCCAAGAUCAGGGCUGUAGAUGCGGACUCCGGUUACAAUGCGCUGUUGUCUUAUCACGUCUCUGAGCCCAAAGGAAACAAUCUGUUUCGAAUCGGAACCAGCAGCGGGGAGAUCAGGACUAAGAGGAGAAUGAGUGACAAUGAUUUGAAAACUCACCCGCUGGUGAUUUUGGUUUGUGAUAACGGAGAGCCCUCACUGUCAGCGACUGUGUCUAUUGACGUCGUGGUUGUUGAAAGCGGAGGUGACGUCAAGACUCAGUUCAGACAUGUACCACUGAAGGAGGAGAGUUUCUCGGAUUUAAAUCUGUAUUUGCUGAUCGCCAUUGUGUCUGUGUCCGUCAUCUUUUUACUGAGCCUCAUCAGUUUGAUAGCUGUGAAAUGUCACAGGACAGACAGCAGUUUGGGCAGGUACAGCACCCCAAUGAUCACCACACACCCUGACGGAAGCUGGUCUUACUCCAAAUCCACUCAACAGUAUGACGUGUGCUUUAACUCGGAUACACUUAAGAGUGACGUAGUGGUUUUCCCUGCGCCAUUUCCGCCUGCAGAUGCAGAAUUAAUCAGUAUUAAUGGAGGAGACACUUUUACCAGAACACAAACACUUCCUAAUAAAGAGAAGGUAAGAAAAAAAUAUUAAUUUGAGAAAAUAUAUUUUUUACGGUGCAAUAGUGUUUAGAAUUUUGUUUCUCUUACUCAUGUUUUAUCAAACGUGGUAUUACUUUUAACAUAAAUCUCAAAAAAACAAGGUUAUAUUUCACCCCUAGAAUAAUUAAUGCUGUUUACAACUCUUGAAUUGUCAUUCAUUGCAAAAUUCCCUGUCCGUGGUCCUGAAAACACAAAGCUUCCCAUUGACAGUUUGAAUGUUCUCGCACUAUAUUUCUUGCCAAACAUAUUUACGCUUUGAGUAACCUGCUGUAUAAUUUGCU